AUGCCCAUCGCUGCCCCCGGCUCCCUCGUCCUCGUCACCGGCGCAUCCGGCUUUGCUGGCGGCUACAUCGUCAAGGCCCUCCUCGAGGCCGGGUACAAGGUACGCGUGACUGCGCGCUCCGAGGCCAAGGUCGAGCAUGUGCGCCAGCUGUUCCCGUCGCACGCGGCGAGCAUCGAGGGCGCCGUCGUCGCGGACAUCAUCGAGCCUGCCGCCUUUGACGCCGCCGUCGUGGGCAUCAACGCCGUCGUGCACGCCGCGUCGCCCGUGAUCCUCACGCACACGGGCGACCCGGACGACAUCGUCCUCCCGGCCGUGAGGGGCGUGACCAACCUGCUCGACUCGCUCGCGCGGCACAACCCCAACAUUGAACGCUUUGUCCAGAUCUCAUCCGUCGCCGCGAUCGCCUUCUCCACGCCCGACGGGCCGCGCGUCUUUGACGAGUCGUACUGGAACGACGAGAGCGUGCGUCUCGUGCGUGCCAAUGGCGCAGCGGCGUCCGGCGGGCUCAAGUACCAGGCGUCCAAGACGCUCUCGGAGCGCGCGCUCUGGGACUAUAUCGAGGACAAGAAGCCCGCGUUCGACGCCGUGUCCAUCCUCCCCAGCCUCAUCCUCGGCCCGCCGACGCAGUACAACACCACCGAGGAGGUCACCGGCUCGCCGCGCCUCAUCCUCCCCUACGUCAAGCCGGGUAAGACGGCGGCCGAGCUCGUGUCGGCGCCGUACAACUCGGUCGAUGUGCGCGACGUCGCGCUUGCGUCCGUGCGUGCACUCACUACGCCCGAGGCCGCCGGUCAGCGCUUCAUUCUGUCGGCUACGCCCUUCUUCGGUAACGACGUCGCCGUUGUCGCCGCGGCUGCCUUCCCCGACAUCAAGGGAUACACGGCCGGCAACCCCGACAAGGCGGUCCGUGAGAAGCUCGACGCCGAGGCCGUCAGGUACGACGGGUCCAAGGCUGAGCGUGUGCUUGGUUUCAAGUACGUGGCCAAGGACGAGACGAUCCGUAACACCCUCGAGGCGCUCCAGCCCAAGCUUGUCGCCGCGGCGGCUUAG